AUGCCGCCCCUCGCCUUCUCCGCCAACAUGGUCCCCGCCAUCAGAGUCAAGAGCACCGCCGCCGGUCGUCGUAUCAAGUUCAUCAAGCCACUCAUGAAUGGGAACUCCUGGAUCAUUUGUAGUGCACCGACUUCCCGACAAUGGGACUGGUCAUCAGGUCCAGGCAUCAGCCGCAAACAUCCUGGUGUAGACCUGGGUCAAAACAGUUUCAUAUUCGAGCCCACUCUAUGCUUCCUCUACACGCAGGGUCGCGACGGGCGGGGCGGCGGGCAGUGGCUCGUCAACCAGACGGGCAAGCAGGUGACGGAAUAG